AGUUAAUAUAAUUUAAAAACUAAAAAUAAAAAAAAAAUUAAAAAACCCGUGAGCCGGGCCCGACCCAGCCCGCCCGUAAGCAGCUAGUGAGUCGGGCAUUGUCUAAUUCCAAACUCAAGAUCAGAAAAAUAGAUCCAAUCCACUCUGAUUCUAACAUGCCUGAGACAGACGCGGCCGCCUUGAACCCGACGGACCGGAUGAUGGGCCUGAACCAGGUGGGCCCACGCCCACCCCCGCAGCAAAGUCGGGGCAUCUCUUCGUGAGUGAGCUUACUUGAUUAUGUCUUGUCCUCCGUGUCUCCGCGCCGAACGGCAAAUCUUGAAACCAAAAGUUUGAACCCGACGGGACCCACAGGAUACCCCACACUCCUGGCUCAAUGUCAUUGGUCGGGUGCAGCCACCGGUCGUACUCUGCCGUAUCUUUAUUUCCAGCUGUGUUGCCGCUCCUCGACGUCACCCCCCAGAUCCGCGUCUUCAGCCAUAAAAAAAAGUGAAAGUACAUAAAAGGGGAAAGAAAAAACAAAGUCUAUAUACUCCAUAGUGAUAAUUUAGGCAGUGCAUUUUCCCACCACAAUAUUUGUAUUUUCGUUAGUUCAAAAUUUUCAUAUGUUAAUCUCAAAAAAUACAAAUUAGUUCCGAAAAAAAACCAGAGAAGAAUUUUCCUUAGUCACCUUCUAAACUAAUUUGUACGUCAAUCUUACAUUUCUUUUAGAAUUCCCUUAAUUUUUCUUAGCCAUCUUUUUCAGCCAAAAACUUUAAGAGUAAGCAUGGGUCAGCGCGUCGCCCCACAAUGUUGGCUAGCAUGUUUGUGAAAUAGUUGUCCGGAAUGUUGACUGGUACGUUGCUAACAUGCCACACUUAUAAAUCAUUCGUUAUGAUCUGAAUUUUAUGUCAAAAAGGCUAAACUAGAGCCAUAGUAAUAUAAAUGUGCGUCGCAUUGACACAAUUCAGUUCUCUUAUAAUUUUUCUACGGGAUUCAAUGACAUCACGGUUGUUACAGCGUCUCGAAACGACAACUAAUUAAUACAAACCAACACAAAGACAUCUUUUAAAUAAAAAAAAAAUAAUAAUAAUAAAAUAAAAGGGACCAUGGUGCGUGAGUUGCGAACGCGCUUUAUUAACAACCUUUAGCCCCUCCUCAUCAUCAAAAAACGCGUACCCUUCACCUCUUUAAAUCCCCCCAACUCCCCGUCCUCAGCCAAAAAUCAACCCUAAAAUAACCCAAAAAAAGAAAAAAAAACCCACCGUUAAAACCGCCACAAAUCUCUCCCAACCUCAACUCCCCAAAUUAGAAAAAAGAAAAAAAGAAAAAGAAAAAAAGAGCAAAAGAGAGAGAGAGAUCGAGAAAAAACAAGGGGAAAAAAAAUGGACCCGGCGGAGCUGAAGAGGGUCUUCCAGAUGUUCGACCGCAACGGCGACGGGCGCAUAACGAAGCAGGAGCUGUCCUCCUCCCUCGACAACCUCGGCAUCUACAUCCCCGACGAGGACCUGGAGGCGAUGGUCGCCAAGAUCGACGUCAACCGCGACGGGUGCGUCGACAUGGAGGAGUUCGGGGCGCUGUACCAGACGAUAAUGGACGAGAGGGACGAGGAGGAGGACAUGAGGGAGGCCUUCAACGUCUUCGACCAGAACGGGGACGGGUUCAUCACGGUGGAGGAGCUCCGGUCGGUGCUCGGGUCGCUGGGGCUGAAGCAGGGAAGGACGGUGGAGGACUGCCGGAGGAUGAUCAAGAGGGUGGACGCCGACGGGGACGGGAGGGUCAAUUUCAAGGAGUUCAAGCAGAUGAUGAGAGGGGGAGGCUUUGCCGCGCUUUCUUGAAAAUAUUAAGUAUAGUUCAGACCCGAAAAGGAUAAAUUUAAGUUUAUAUAAUUAAUAUAUAUAUAUAUAUAUAUAUUCGGUUGUACAAACUCAAUUUCCUUUUUUUUUCUUUUUUUUUUGUGUGCAAGGGAUCGUCUUGUUUCGGAUCGGAUAACUAAUGAUGUAAGUGAUUGGUAAAUGAUACCGUGUAUUAGUUAGUUACCUUUAUUCUCAUCCUAUGCCUUUAGUUUUAGAAUUUGGGUCCUUUGUUUUGUUGUUGAAGGAUUUGAUGUAGUCUCCCAACUCAUGUCAUGGCUAAAUUAUACGGUAUUUUCUA